UGGCGGAAUUCUGCAACCCUAACCCGAAUGCAAAGACUUUGUUUGGAAAGGCGGGGUACUCGCGUCAUUCAGUGGUGGAUUUGUCAGUGACCCAAUAGGAACGCCUCGCAUCCCUUGACAUCGACCUAUAUAACAUGAUCCAUCCUGAUCAAGAACACAUAGUCCACCGUGUCACACCACCUGUACUCACGUAUAUCAGCAUCUGAUUUCCAGAUUUCUUCUUCUCGAGCCUGUUCACCCUAACAGCUUAAUCGCAACCAUGGCAUCCACUAUCCCCACGACAAUGAAAGCGCACAUCUACACCAACACCUCACCAACAUUAGAGGCCAACCUCUCCAUCUCAACAUCAGUCCCAACUCCGACUGUAUCUGGACCCAAUGAACUGCUGAUUCAAGUCUUGUCAGCAUCCAUCAACCCAGCCGACCACAAAGUCCCAGAGCUGCCCGGCCCUGUCCGGCGGCUAGUCAUCAAGACGCCUGCCACCCCUGGCAUGGACUUUUGUGGCCGUGUGGUUCAAGCUGGGACAAAGGUUGACUCAAUCGCACUGGGAGAUAUAGUAUACGGUCGCUUGGGGCCUAAACAGCAUGGAUCUCUCGGAGAGUACAUCACCGCGCCAGCCAACGUUGUUGCCGUCCUUCCCAAGGAGGGUGUGACAGUCGACGAGGCGGCUGCCAUUGGAGUAGCAGGACUGACUGCCUACCAGGCAAUCCAGCCCAAUGUCAAAAAGGGCGACAAGAUUUUCAUCAACGGUAGCUCGGGUGGUGUCGGCUGCUUUGCCGUGCAAAUCGCCAAGGUUUUGGGCUGUCACGUCACCGCCUCAUGUUCACCGGCCAAGGCCGAGCUCGUCAAAUCGCUGGGUGCCGACGAGAUCAUCGACUACACCACCACAGACGUCUGCGAGUACUUGCGUGCCAAAGGAAAGGUAUUCGCGCAGGUUCUGGACAACGUGGGCACGCCCGACAACCUGUACAAAGCGUCUGAUGAAUUCCUCAUUGCAGGCGGGAAGUUUGUACAGGUUGGGAGCCCGUUGUCGCUCGGCGCGCUUCGAUCCGCGGCCUCCAGGGCGCUGCUGCCGUCUUUCUUGGGAGGGGGCAAGAGCAAGUACGAAGUUUACACCAUUCGGGAUUCUGCGGAGGAUCUGAAGGUGCUGGGCCAGUGGAUCAAGGAGAAGAAGAUCAAGGUUGUAAUUGAACAGACGUAUGAAUUUGAGGAUGUGCCGAAAGCCUUUGCCAAGUUGAGGACGGGAAAGAGCGCGGGGAAGCUGGUGAUCCAUGUUGGAAAGUGA